AUGGUUAGAGGACAAGAGUCGUCGUGUCCAAGGAAGCAUAGCAGCCCUCUUGCAGAGGUCCACACGGCACGCUUCUUCGACCCGGCGAACAUUCUGCUGGAACGCACAGGACAGCAUCCGGGAAUGGAACUAGAAACCCAGAAGUGGAACAUUUUGAUUCAUUGGCUGGAAUCUCGUGGCAUGCGCAUUCCAACGGGUGGCCUCGCUGUCGAAUACCGCGAGUUUGAAGGCUCUGGACGAGGUCUCGCAGUCACUAGAGACGUUGGACCAGACGAGGUCCUGUUCUCAAUCCCUGAAUCCUGCUUGAUCAACGUGGAUACGCUCUUCAAAUGGGCGAAACGCCAUAAAGCCACUGGACUCACCGCGACUCAACUGCUUUGCCUCUUCCUCGCUCUGUUCAAAUCCAACUUGCUGGAUGUUGCGGAAGACUAUGCACCGUAUCUCGACUCACUACCAGAAACUUUUCGGGAUCAUCCUCUUACCGUCGUUGUACUACAUAGGCAAUACAAAGGCCAGUUGCCCGUAGAAGUCGCGCAGAAAGUGGACAAGAUACACGUGAGAUUUAUGUCUGACGUCGAAAAGAUUCAAAACAUCUUCCCUUCUGUGCCGAUUGAGGCAUACCUGUGGGGAUGGUUGAACGUGAACACGCGGUCCCUCUACUAUUCGUGCAAGCGGGCAAAGUCGCACCAGGAUAACAUCACCCUAUGUCCACUAUUAGACUUUGCAAACCAUUCAUUCAGUGCGACCAACUUUAACAGUUCUUACUACCGCAAGAACGGCCAUCCCAUCCCGACGAUGCUCGCGCCGGCCAAAGGUCUGCAGGCUGGAGAGCAAUUGUUUCUCCUGUAUGGCUUCCACUCUAAUCCUACACUCUUCACCGAGUACGGAUUCACGGAUGAACAUGCGCCAAAGGAAAUCCAGAUUGACCAAGCUAUCGAGGAUUUAUUUCAGAGGGAUGAUGAAGGCAAGGAAAAGCGCGAAUUACUGGAGUCUCAUGGAUACUGGGGGGACUGGACGUUGCACCUCGACCCACCUCCAGUAUCCCCUUCAUAUCGUCUCAACCCUACUCUCAGUCUCCUUCAAAUUCAUCUGAAGGACAAUGAACAAUUACGGCAGUGGCAGCAGGUACUCGCGGGAUACGCAGAGAGGGUGUCGGUGGACAAUUCGCGACGAUCUGCGAGUACCCUACGGGAAAUUUGUACUGUGUACAAGAUUCAAGCAGAAAGUCACCUUGGCCAUGUACAAGACAACGAGAACGAAGCGCCGAUAUUUGAUCUUCGUUCGACGAGAAGACUAUGGUUAGAACAGCUGGAGAUCACUACGCUUAUGUUAGACGCAUUAUUAUCGAAACAAGACGGAUUAUAG